AUGUACGGCAGCACACCCGGAGGUCCUGGGUUCGAGUCCCGGGUCGGGCCAAGUUUAGUUAUUGAGUCUUCCUGUAUAAGUAGGCCUAACUGCUGCGCCCGCAGGUCGCCUUCGUACCGCGUCACGAAGCCGUCCAUCGACGCGAGCGCGCAGCAACCUGCGCAGGAGUUGCUGGAACCGGGACCAUCGUUUAAAGAUAAGAAACCACAGCUAAAAGGCCCACGCCCACCGGUGGGAUCUAGUGUUUCUGAUUCGAUCUCCCUUUCUUCACCGGUAGCGUGCGCGUCCCCUCGGGAAGAUGUUGUGGGUCCCCCGAUGCCGGCAAAUGUUGCCGCAUUGCCUGAAGAGCACAGAUCCUACCUCCUCGGCAGGCUGCCCGGACAGAGGACCAGGAGACGACGCGCAAUGGUUAUAUAUGUUUGUGCUGCGGACUCACAGGACUGCUGCGCGGAGAAGGGCGCGCUACACUGCGGCGUAGCGGCGCGGCUACGGGUGCGCGCGCGCAAGAGAGGCUGGCGGGUCCACGUUGCGGAUUUACAUUGGCGCUCCCCGCUGGAACAACAGAGGGACCACCGUUUUCCUGUGCUGUGUAUAUCUGAGUUGGCUCGUCAAUGUGAGUUAGCAGCUAUAGUGCCGGUUCUGUUCCUGAACGCGAAUCUCGGCACACCUCUCUUACCGCAUACUCUCGAGUGUGCGGAUUUCAAAGCGGCGUUGGAAGCUGCUGAGGAUGAAAACGACAAAUCCUUGUUGAACAAAUGGUACACCAUGGACAGCAGCACGACGCCGCCGUGCUACCGGCUGGUGCGCGGCGCGCCGGCGCGCUGGCGCCGCGAGAUGGCGCGCGCGCUGAGCGUGCUCGUGCGCACGCUACCGCAGGAGGCCUGCGACGCCUACCUCACUACUGUGCUCGAACAGGAAGUGCAGCACACAGUACUAAUGAGCUCGGAAGCCGCACGGCGCUGCGUGUGGGUGUGCCGCGCCGGCGCCUGCGACGCGGGCGACGCCGACGCCGACCACCACCGCGAGUUGCAGCGACGGCUGGCCAACUUACAGAAGGAUUUGAAGUUACAUUUGAGCGAGCGCAACAUAAUCCGCGCGAGUAUACGCAGUAGGAACGGUCACGGCGACGAGGAGUACGCGGCGAGCGUGAAGACGGCGCUCAGCGAGAGGCUGGACGCGCUGUUCGAUGCGCUGGUGGCUGAUGCUGAUAGCCCCUCGGGAUUCUGCGGGAUACCUGCUAGUCUGUUUGAUGAAAUCAGCGAACACCUCUCUUUUUGCCAAAAAGUGACGCAAUGCACGUCCAACCGUGAGAUCACACUGAACGAACUUAAAACGUACGUGCGCGGCGACAGCGCGGUGCCGCUGGCGCUGCUGGGCGGCGCGGGCUGCGGCAAGGCCACGCUGCUGGCGCGCGCCGCCGCGCUCGCGCCCGCCGUGCUGCCCGACGUCGCGCUUAUUCUUAGAUUCGUAGGUCUGACGCCGCAGUCGAGCAGCUCGCACCAGCUGCUGAAGUCCAUCGUCGACCAAGUUCACGUACUCACCUACGGCACCGUGUACCGAGGACGUAAUGAAGCGACAGCGCUCUCAGCAGCGCUCGCGCGGCUGCUGGCGGCGCUGGGGCGCGCGCGGCCGGUGCUGCUGUGCGUGGCGGGCGCGGACGCGCUGCGCGGCGCGCGCUGGCUGCCCUCCAAGCUGCCGGACAAUGUCAAGAUGAUUGUUACCGUCACUGAAGAAAAAGACGAACCAUCCAGUUCAGCGAUUAUGGCGGUGUUAUCAUCAGAGGACGGGCCCAAAGUGGUGCGCGCGCCGCCCGUCGGGCCCGAGGAGGCCAAGGCGGUGCUGUCGGCGUGUGCCGCCACCUACAGCAAGAUUGGUGCCGCAUCACCACCCGAAGCUGCUGUGAAAGCCGUUCAGAAGUGCACUUUGCCGUUGUACGCUAAGGUAUUAGCUUGGCAAAUCUCAUUGUCAGCGGAAACCUUCGCCGAACAAUGUGAACCAGAGACGACUCCCGAGCUGGUCAUCUGCGAGGACCUGGAGGGACAACUGGAACAGAUCCUGGUGACCACAGAGGCAGCUCUUGGUGCUGAGAGGGUGAGGGCUGCCCUGUCCCUCCUUACAGCCUCCAGGAGAGGGCUUGAUGAUACGGAAAUAUUGGAUUUGCUAGCACAUGAUGAGCUGUUUAGGAGUGAGGAGACUUAUUUGCCGUGGGCGCCGGGCGCGCUGCUGUGGCCGCAGCUGAGCGCGCUGCUGGCGCCGUGGCUGCGCGCGGACGCGCGCGGCGCGGCGCGCUGGCGGGACGCUGCGCUGGCGGCCGCGGCGGCCGACCGCUACCACGCGCACGUGCUCGCCGCCAGGGAGAUACUCGUCGACUAUUAUGAGGGCGUAUGGUAUAUCGAGAAUGAUCCCAAAAUGACUGGACGAUUAGUGUCACAGGAAAAUAAAUUUUCAGAAGAAUGGUAUAAUACUAGAAAAUUCGACGAGCUACCAUUCCAACAUUAUCACCUAUUAAAGGAAGAUCCAGAAGCGUUUGCAAUGAAACCUUAUUUUACAAAACUCGAUUGGAUUCACGACAAACUAGCCGCGACAGACUGCGGCCAUUUUCUCGAAGACAUCGCACUCGUCCACAUCGACCCCCUUCCAGAACAUUUAGAAUUAUUGAAAGAGGUCUUUGAAACUCAUUCCUACGCACUUGACUACGACCAUAGGCAAUUCUAUGGUGUCCUUCGAACGACAUUGGAGAGGAAAUUACGUGAAGAAGUGGACCUAGAGAGCAGUAUCGUUGAAGGGUGGAUGAAGGAAGUCUGGGAACCCCCUGUUCCAACGUUCUACCCAACCAAUGAAGAUUUCUGGAAAGUCACAGAAAAUAGGGAAAAAAGGGACAUGUCUAUGGUCGAAGGAUUUGACACCAAGUCGUAUGAUUUGAUCGUGAGAUUUGAUACGAGGGGUAAAUUCAUUGCGACUGUCUCCACUGAAAGGGAAGAAAUAUGUGUUUGGGAUGUUGUGAGGUGUAAAUUAGUAAGAAAAAUAGAAGGUGUAACGCAUCCGAUAAAUUUAGUGCCCAUAGACGAAUAUAGAUGUGUAGUGUUGUGUCGCCGGGAGUUGAGAGUGUAUGAUCUUGAUCAGGGUAAAUAUGUAGUGGCGCUCAAGGGCGUGAUGAAUCAAAAGAUGCCGUACUACGGUCUGCACGACUCUAAGCAUUUGGUCGCCUUGUCUAGGAACCGCAUGUACGUGAAUCUAAUGAACAUUGAAACUGGUGACUGUGUGACCACUUUCAAAGCGGGCGAGGACAGGUUUCUCAACUCUUUACUCGUGUCUGGUGAUGGAAGAAUAUUGGUUUGUGGAGAUGAGACUCAGAAACCGUUCCCACUGCUAGUCUGGUCGCUCACUUCAAGGAAAUUGUUGUAUGACCUCAGAAUACCUCAUCACGACUUUAUCACUUCUAAGGCAGCCAUCACCUAUGAAGGUUCCUACGUCUGCGUAGUGUCCCGAGAACUAGACGAGCCAAGUCCAAAUUUCAUUGUAGUGUAUGACCUUCAAUCUGGCACAUUGUUCAAGAAGUGGAAGCCAGGGUGUGACACAGUGGCGCUGGCCAUCAGCUCGGUGGACGGCUGUGUGGUGUCUGGUCUCGCUGAUACGAGGAUAUUGGUGUGGGAUCUGGUUACUGGCAACUGCAGGCUGACGCUGCGCGGGCACGUGGCGGCGCCGUCGCUGCUGCGGCUGGCGCGCGCCGGCGCCGUGCUGCUCUCCACCGACCGCUGCUGCCGGGACCUGUCGGUGCGGCUGUGGGACUUGCAUACGGGUAAACUAAUAGCAGUCUACACACCACCGGAAAAAAUUACAUCAUGCGAAGUGCUCCUAGGCGGCUCAGUACUAGCUCUAGCUUUAGAAAAUUACAAAGAAAUACUAUGUGUUAAACUCCACGGACCAACUGUUGAAUCAGUUAGAAAUGCCAAAGAAUGCGAAUUUGAUGAAGGCGGUUAUGGAAAUGAGGAAUUCGAAGGAAAAACAUUCGACGUUCGUGGAUCAGAAAGCACU